AUGUCCGUCAAUAGGCUGAGUCAGUAUAAGAAUGGAUCCCGCAAGAGCAGUCUCAUGAAAGAUGUCCUUAUGAAGAAAUGCAUUGAGAAAAUGAAAGACACGCGUAGAAACCUUCAUAACUCUAGGAGAAAUAUAGGAAAGAUCGAGGAAGAAGAAGCAUCAAAUGCCAUUAACCUAGUGAUCGCAGAAGAGAUGGACAAUUUCUCGACAGAUGAAAAGAUUGCCAUGUUCGAAGAGUUAAAAAACGAUCUGGUCAUGCUAGAAUAUGAACAAUUCCUAAAUGAAGUUCAGAAUGCAGGGGAUGAAGGUCUCCUUGCUCAUUUAGAAGAAGACGUUUUCUGUCCAAACUGUACAGUGUAUCCUCUGGAUGUUGAUCACACGGGAAUGUUGUGCAGGAAUUGCAAUUUCGCUCAUCCAGCCUUCAUACAAAUCACAAAAUCCGAAUUGGGAGAAAGAUUCCGUAAAGCCUUUUCGGACCAUUCAGACAGGUGUGAGAAUCAGUUGAUGCCAAUCGCCGAGGGGAGCAAGUUAGGAAUCCGUUGCCGUGCCUGCCCAUAUUUUUCAGAAAUUUUAUAG